AUGGGAACCUGUCACAACCAGCAUUUGCUGUUCCUCUUUAUCCUAGGAGCCCCAACCUUGAUCUCGGCACAAAAAUUGCCUUGUCAAAGGAGUACAUUCAUGGGUUUAGAAAGCGAUCCAAUGUAUACAUUUAACUGGACCACAGACAAUGUUGAGAUUUGUGACAAUGGGGCAUUGUGCCAGGAAACCGUGCUAAUGAUCAGAUCAGGAAGGACCGAGACAGCAAUUUUGGCCACUAAGGGCUGCAGUUCAGAGGGGACACCAGCAAUAACGUUUAUCCAGCACUCUCCACCCCCUGGCAUAGUCACAAUCUCCUACAAUAACUACUGUGAUGAUCCCCUUUGCAACAACAGAGAGAAUUUGUAUGAGAUAUGGCCUGAAGCAGAGUAUGAAGCUCCCAGAGAGCCAGCAACCCUCCACUGCCCAACCUGUGUGGCUUUGGGGAACUGUUUGAGUGCUCCUUCUCUUCCUUGUCCCAAUGAUACAAAUCGAUGCUAUCAAGGAAAACUUCAGGUCACUGGAGGAGGCAUCAACUCACCUUUGGAGAUCAAAGGCUGUACAGCCAUAACUGGUUGCAGGAUAAUGUCUGGGAUCUUUACAAUAGGACCUCUGUGGGUGAAGGAAACUUGUCCAUUCAAGUCUCUCACUCCCCGAAAAGUCCAAAGUGGUGCCAUAUGGCUUCCCACUUCAUAUUGGAGUUUAGAGCUACUGCUGCUGCUGUUACUGCCCCUGCUUGUCCAUUGA